AUGGUUGCUGAGACCGGUACUGGAGACGGAACCAUGGCUGCUGGGACCGGAACUGGGGCCGGGACCAUUGCUGCUUGGACCGUAACUGGGGCCGGAACUGGAGCCGCUGGAGCACGGGCUGGAAUCCUGGCCUUGCAUCUUCCAGAAACCUUCCGGAGGAUCCGCGGACCUCCCAAGGCCAGGCCAGACCCCAGGAAAGGGAUUCGGGAAAAGUGCACAUACAUCCAGAUCCCUCAGGUGGAGCAGACCCACGCUGUCGUCCUCAGUAAACCUGCCUGGAUGUGGGGUGCAGAGAUGGGAGCCAAUGACCAGGGAGUGUGUAUCGGGAACGAGGCUGUCUGGACCCGAGAGGCCGUCAGCCCCGGAGAGGCUCUACUGGGCAUGGACCUCGUCAGACUGGGCUUGGAGCGAGGGGACACUGCCUGGGGGGCGCUGACGGUCAUCACCAGCCUCCUGGAGCAGCAUGGCCAGGGGGGGCCGUGCAGGGAGGACCCUGAGCCGUUCAGCUACCACAACACCUUCCUGCUGGUGGACCGCAACGAGGCCUGGGUCCUGGAAACAGCAGGGAGGCUUUGGGUGGCACAGAAGGUUACAGAGGGUGUGAAGAACAUCUCCAACCAGCUGACCAUCGGUGCUGAGGGGUCCGCAGAGCACCCAGAGCUGCGCAGCGUGGCCCAGGGCCAGGGCUGGUGGGACGGAGAGGGAGAGUUCAAUUUCUCUCAGGUGUUUAGUCCCGAGAACCCACCUGCCAGGAUGGAGCUGGCCAAACAGCGCUACAGGGGCGGCACAGAGCUACUCCAGCAACAUGACGGCUCAGUUACGGCUGAGGUGAUGAUGUCCAUUCUGAGGGACAAGCCCAGUGGGAUCUGCAUGGACUCUGAAGGUUUCUGCACCACAGGCAGCAUGGUGUCUGUCCUGCCCAGAGACAGCAGCCUGCCCUGCGUCCACUUCUUCACUGCCACCCCAGACCCCUCAAGGUAUGUCACUAGUUUAACUAAGAAUUCCUCUAGAUUAGACAUUUCUUAGAACUAUAAAAGGGGAGGUGCAAUGAUGAUGUAUUUUUACGAGAUGAUUGUUAACAUUGCAGGGGUUGCCUCGACUAAAAGCAAUCGGA